GUUCGCCCCAGGGAGAAAUCAUGUAUGUACUGAAUAUGGUAAAACCUUCAGUUAUAGUUCAACCUUUAUUCAGUUUCGGAGAGUUCACACCAGUGAGAAACCCUCUGAAUGUGACAAAUGUUGGAAAGCUGUUAGUAUUAAACUCAGUCGAUGCCUGCAAACCCAUACCAAUGAAAAAAACCUAUGAAUAUAUUGAAUGUGGUAAAUGCUUCAUGCUAUGUUCAUACCUUAGUCACCAUUGGAGAAUUCAUACAGGAAUACAAUUCCAUCACAGUAAUGAAUGUGAAAAAAGCCUUCAGUCAAAGACACUACCUUGUUCAGCAUCAAAUUCAUUCCAUGCAGAAAGCCUAUGAAUGUAAUCAAUGUGUUGGGGCCGGGGGUGGGGGUGGGGGGAGAGAUUCAGUCAUAUUUCAAUCCUCAUUCAACAUCAAAGAACCCAUACCCUGGAGAAGUCAUUUGAGUAUAGGAGUUCAAGUCUUUUUCAUCACCAGAAUACCUGCACCAGACCAGAAUAUGAUAUGCAAAUGGAAACAUUUACUGCCAUAUUUCAGGCUUUACUCAACAUCAAAAUGUUGGAGAGAAAACUGUUGAUUGUAUAUGAAAUCAUUACUAUAUAGUCCCAGUCUUUUUCAUUACAGAAGAAUCUAGUCUGAGGAGUGACUUGGUGAAUUCAAUGUUGUUUUCUUAUGGCAUUCUUUUAUUUAAUAUAAUAGGUGUUGUAAGUAACUGUGUACUUUAUGGAAUUCAUUUAAGCUAUUUUUAUUUUAAUAUGGCCUGUAACCAUUUUAUUUCCUGAAAUUGGUACUUAUUAUUCACAGCUUCCCUAAGAUAUUACACCAAUGUUAAAACAUCAGCAUCUGGAAUGUAGCUCAUUUAGCUUUUCCCGAUGUUCUCAGCCCAAAUUCUCUCCAAAAAAGACUGUUAGGCCUGCUCUUUUUUGAGGACCCUAUUUACUCAUUUCCAGCCACAACACUUGAAUUCCUAUUGAUUUCUCCAUUCUCUUAAGCGCCUUGGAAUGGUGGUUUCCUGGUUUUAAGCUUUUCACCAGCAGGUAUGCCUUCCCUACUUGAUGUUGCUAUUCUGGUGUCUUCUUUCCUAAAGUGAAGCAACUUCCUUUAAAAGAAUUGGAUUUCUACAUCCUGUCCAUCCAUCCAUGAGUAUGAAGAAUUCUGUCUCCCCUGAGUUUAUGGCACGCAGCUAAACAUUUUCAAGCGAUGCCCAGGUUCUUAGCUGCCUUAUCUGCAUCCACAGCCCUCUGAAAGAUGAUAAGGACAUCAGGGAGCCAACAAGAUUAUGAUGGUCUAGCUACAUUCAGCACGUGUUCUGUAUGUCUGAGUUCAGAAUUACUUUAUAUACUUCCACUGAAGACCAGCAACACAAUGCUUAGGUCUGCUUUUGAUAGAGCAAAGCGUAAAGAACAUAAACUAAAAAAAUCAAAGAGCUUCAUAAGGCAGAGAGCUCAGCCUUCCAACAAAAAUAUUGCUGUUCUUAUGUAAUAUUUCUAGAGAGAGUAUUUUAAGAGAGUGGCAGGUCUGUUCCUGGUAAAAUUUUAACUGUUACGAUUGCUUCUUUAUCUGUUUUGAUUUCUGCCCCCAGUCUUCCCUCAUCAAUCCAGGACAGUAUUUGAAGUGUGAGGGCUUUAUGUGUAAUUAUCAUUACCACACUUGUAUUUUACUAGAGUCUACAGGCCAUAUAAAAGAACAUGGUUUUCUUAAUGAUAAAAAUGAUCACAGAUGUUGGCUCCAGAGUUCAUCAUUAACACCUAGCAAGUUAGUGAUUCUUUAGAUUAUAUCAAAGCAUUUCAUUAUAUUUUUCCGUCUUAAGCUUCAUAACAUUUUGUGAAUAAGACAAAUAUUUAAAAUUCUAGUUGUCAUUCCAGCAAUUGAGGCCUUCAUAGUUCAGAUGCUAUACUAUUCACGAGGGAUCCUCAACAAAUAAAUAAAAAUGUAUUGCUCUCUUUAUAAGCAUCCUAUGGCUAACCUCUAGGAUAGUUCUACCACUAUAUUUUACCUCUUAGCCAUCAGCAAGCAUAGGAUCCCAUCAGGGCAAGGUAGGGAUCUAAACAAAUCGAUCGAAAUGUAAAAGCAAAUGAAAUGCAUGUUUUUUUCCUGUUAAUGAAUGUGUAUACUCUUCUGUGUAAAGACUAAUAGUCACCUCUGGCUAUCAUGAAACAGAACUAAGUAAUCCCUAAAUAGUAGAAUAUGUAAAAAUCACAUGUAUGCAUUUGGUUUAGGAAAGUGCUUUUGUACCUCCACUUGAAUAAAGAUGUGUUUGAUACUCAGAGAAUCUGUUUCAAAUAAAAUCUGAAGGCCUUAGCCAGAAGCAUUUGGGAAUUUUGAAAUCACCUUCCUGGCUGCACCUCAGUUCCUUCUGAAAACCUGCUUCACAACAAGAGUGGAUCACUCUCCUGUGUACUGGUACUCUCUCUUCCACAGACCUCUGGAGGAGCAAUGUCUGAAUGUCUAGGAUUUAAAGGGUUAUUUGGGAUGCUGUCAGUACAUAAAAUUAGAGUAAAUCAUUUGAGGUUUCAGUAGAACUAGGCAGAAUGUGUUUUUCUUAAUAAAUACAUUUUAAAAAAUGAGAAAAAUCCUCGAGGGCAAGUAACUUGCCACGUUAAGCUUGCUGAUAUUUCAUCGGUCCAAUAUAAUGAGUUUGUGUUCUUAGUCUUUUUAGUCUUGGAGAUUAGAAAGGGAAGAGAAGAAAUCUAAUAGGUGAGGGACAUCUAAUUUUAUCUAUCUGUUCUCCACUCACCAAAUGUACAUGUAUGUACAUAUUCAAACUUAAUCCUCAUAGCAAUUCUGCAAGGGAACUAGCUCUGUUUUACAGAGGAACUUGAGGCAUAGAGAGGUUAAAGAACUUGGUAGGGUCACACAGCAAGUUUAAAGUCAGGUCUGUUUGGCUCCAAAGCUUUCCAUCAUCAUGAAGUUGGUAUUAGACACUAACCAGAGAAAUUUUCUGUGAUGGCUCUUCAUUCCCUGUUAAAACCCAGUGAUUCACUAUUACCCGUUUGCAGCUGAUCGUAAAUGCUCCCAGAGCUCUCUGGGUUACUAGGGGAAAAUAUCCCAGUAUCUUGUGGGAGCUAGUCAGAGACCCCGGCCCCCUCCUUGAAACAAGCUUAGACAAUUUUGACAAUGACAGGCUACGGGUCAAAGCUCCCAAAUUCCUAUUUCCUGCCAAGACACCCCCAAAUCCCAUCACUAGGUUUACAUUUCCAUUUUUCAAUGCCCAAAUGUAUUCAUUUUUUUCUGCUAACUAGAACUUACUGAUGACAUGUAUCUUUACCAAGAUUUACUAUCACCUCUGGUUCUAUAUAAAGUAGUGGAGCAAACCAGGUAAUGGGAAAAUCAAGUUUGAUUCCUAGGUUUUGGCUUGAGCAAAGGAGUGGAUAGAGAUAGACUGGAGAGAUGGAGUAUGCUGGAGGAGGAGCAGGGAGAGAAUUUCAGGCAAGAAAGCAUGUCAGAGGCCUAUAGAUGAAAGAGUAUGGGAUUUUCAGGUAAUGAGCUCUGGAGAAAUGCCUCACCCUAGGAAAUAGCUCAUGGGUAACUGAGGAAGUUUUAAGAAUGAUGUUCAGAGGAGUCCCAUAGGAUGUCAUCUCAGCAAAGCAUACUGGGCUUCCCACAUCUAAAAAUGGAACCAUCUAUCCAUUCAGUAAUACAGUUGCCAGAUGCUAUGAUAUUCAGUGCUGGUCAAUGGAUACAGUUAAAUGAAUUAAACCAUCCUUUGAAGAUGAACAAAUUAGUUGUCAAAGCAAUGGCUUUGGAAUUAGACAUAACUGUGUUUACUAGCUGUGUGUCUGGAAAUUUUACUUAGCCUCCCUAGUUUUCUAUAUAAUAAUAACAGCAUGAAAAUUAAUGUAAAAUGUAUUGUGCCAAAGUUAUUAAUAUAAACACUAAUAUAAAAACCAGUAAAAAUAGAGGGGAGAUGUUUAGAUAGAAGGGAGAUAAAAUUUUAAAAAGGGAAUUAAUGAGCAAGCAUUUAGCAGUGCAGUAUUGCCAAGCAUUGCCCAGGGAGGGAUACCCUGGGUUGGAGAACUUAAAUAUCACUAGAGAAAUCAUCAGACAUUCUGUGCUGAUAGGAACUGCCUCCCUAUAGGCACUCCCUGCUGGAGUCAGCAAACUGACAUCUGUCUCUUCUAACAUUUGUAUUAUAUGACAUAUUUUCAAAAUAUGAGUGUAUUAAGGAACCAAUGUUUAAUCCAAGACUGUUAAGAGUGAUUUCAAUCAAAUCAGAUGGUGCCUGUACAAAUCACAAUAAAUGCUGGAAUUUUUUAUUUUGCUGAUGCAUCCUAUUCACUCUCUCCACUUUUAGAAAAUGAUUAACCUUUUAUAUUUUUAUUUCAUUCAUGUUGAUAAAUUUACAAUUUGGGUAUAAUUACAGACGUCUAUAUUUUUUCUUUUCUGCAGUUGCUCAUAUUAUAAUACAAAUGUCCACCCUGUCUUCAUUGUCCUUCCAGGGUGCAGAUAACACCAGGCUCUGGUUUGAACCGGCCAGGGUUCGAAUGCUGCCUCUAGUUGCUUACUACCUCUGCAGCAUCUGGAAUGUAAGAUAGUAAAUGUGCCAACGUUUUACAACGUCAUGGGAUUGUUGUGAGGAUUAAUGAGAGAGUGUCAGUUUAAGUGCUCCACAACUGGUAGCUGUUAUUUCUGAGUUUAGCAGGAAACUACGCUUAGCAUAAACAACUCAUUUCCUUAACCUUUUUUUCUUGCUUCAACAUAUCAAAAGUGCCUCUGGCAAAUCUGUACUCCAGGCGCAGAAGGGUCUUUGGAUCUUGACCUCUUUAAAGGCUUGUCUUUCUCAUAUUGGUAUAUCAGUAUGUUCCUCCCACAAAAUUGGGAGGGGCUGGGUUGAAGCGACAAAGGGAGAGGAGGACUGGGUGGAAUUCGGGCCUAGAUAACGAAUUCGGGCCCAGUGGGGUCAACCUGGCCUGUAAUUAUGAAGAAGGGAGGUGACAUAAGUGGUAACACAGGGCAGGAGUUGAGCGGAGGAGGCAAAUGGGGUGCACACGGGACAGAGAGGAUGAGAAACAAACCAAUUUAGAUCCUCGGCCCAUUUAGGCAAUGAAGGGCAAAUAGAGAAAUCUGUUCCAUCCUCCUACAAUCCUUCCUGGGGGAAGGACAAACACCGAAGGAGGACCCCAUCCUCACGCCGCUGUGGACUCAGUUCCCCAGCAGUCCGUAGAGAACCCGCCAUCGAGAUUAGACCUCCGAGCUGCCUAGAUAGGACCCGGAAGUGCAUGCCGAAGAACCCGAGUUUCCAGGCCUCCCAUUGUAGGCGGAGAUCGACAACACUAGCGCACGGGUCGGGUAGGGCCAUUCUGAAGAAGUUUUAGAGAAGAUCUUGGCUUUGGAGCAGCACCAGCUAUUGGACCCAGUCCAUGGAGAAGCUGCCUGAGUAGAUGUCUCCAGAGUCCCUGUUUCCAUCCCCUGAGCAGGAACCUCGAAAGAGCAAGGAACGUCAGUCUUCUGGGCGGGAGUGUGAAGAUGCUUAAAGAGCGUCCAGCGAUGGCAGAAGAUCCUCAGCAGCAGAUGGGUGUUCCUGUGGUAAAACUGGAGAAAGAGUUGCCUUGGGGCAGGGGAAGGGAGGACCCUAGUCCUGAGACUUUUCGGCUGAGGUUUCGACAGUUCCGCUACCAGGAGGCAGCUGGUCCCCAGGAAGCCCUCAGGGAACUCCAGGAGCUCUGUCGCCAGUGGCUGAGGCCCGAGCUGCACACCAAGGAGCAGAUCCUGGAGCUGCUGGUGCUGGAGCAGUUCCUCACCAUCCUGCCCCGAGAGUUCUAUGCCUGGAUUCGGGAGCACGGCCUGGAGAGUGGCAAGGCCCUGGUGGCUAUGGUGGAGGACUUCACAGCGAGAGCACUGGAGGCCAAGGCGGUUCCAUGCCACAUGCAGGGAGAGCAAGAGGAGGCGGCACUUUGCAGAGGCCCUUGGGAACCAGGUGUCCACCUUGGGCCAGUGGAGGUCAAGCCUGAGUGGGGGAUGCCCCAUGGGGAAGGAGUUCAAGGCCUAGACCAAGGCACCGAGGAGCAGCUCAAUCAGGACCCUGGAGCUGGGACGCAGGCCUUCCAGGAGCAGGCUCUGCCAGUUCUUCAGGCUGGUCCUGGCCUCCCCCCAGUGAACACCAGAGACCAAGAGAUGGCAGCUGGAUUCCUCACGGCUGGAUCCCAGGAUGAAGUUUGGAGGAAAUGCAGAAUGACAGCGUGUUUUAAUUUGGGCUUGGGACCAUUUAAAGAUAUGGGUCUAGCCUUCCCGGAGGAGUGGAGGCAUGUGACCCCAGCCCAGAUAGACUGCUUUGGGGAAUACGUGGAACCACAGGACUGUGUGGUCUCACCUCCAGACAUUGGGAGCAAGGAAAAGGAGGCCAAAACUCAGCCGAUAGACCUCAAGGGAGCGCUUGCUCAAGGGACGUCAGAGAGGUUUGGGGAAGUUGCUCUUCAGAGCCCUGAGCUUGGAAGAACCUGUGAGCAGGAGUCCGUUAGCUCUGUGGGAAACGUGCCAGGGCCGCCUCCUCCCCAGCCUGGCAUCCUUCCCCUGCCCGAUGACCUCAAGACCCACAGCUCCUUCUGGAAGCCUUUCCAGUGCCCCGAGUGUGGAAAAGGCUUCAGUCGGAGCUCAAAUCUCGUCAGACACCAGCGAACCCACGAAGAAGAGAAAUCCUAUGGCUGCGUCGAGUGUGGGAAAGGGUUCACUCUGAGAGAGUACCUCAUGAAGCACCAGAGAACCCACCUGGGAAAGAGACCCUAUGUGUGCAGCGAGUGCUGGAAAACCUUCAGUCAGAGGCACCACCUCGAGGUGCACCAGCGGAGCCACACGGGGGAGAAGCCCUACAAGUGUGGGGACUGCUGGAAAAGCUUCAGCCGGAGACAGCAUCUUCAGGUGCAUCGGCGGACGCACACUGGCGAAAAGCCCUACACCUGCGAGUGCGGCAAGAGCUUCAGCAGGAACGCCAACCUGGCCGUGCACCGGCGAGCCCACACCGGGGAGAAGCCGUACGGGUGCCAGGUGUGUGGGAAACGGUUCAGUAAAGGGGAGCGGCUGGUCAGACACCAGAGGAUCCACACGGGGGAGAAGCCCUACCACUGCCCUGCCUGUGGGAGGAGCUUCAACCAGAGGUCCAUCCUCAACCGGCACCAGAAAACGCAGCAUCGCCAGGAGGUCCCGGUGCAGUGAGCGAGCCCUGCGGACUUGCGUCUUUUCUGCUAAUGGGAGAUGCUGGAGACGGUGGGGCCUCCCAGCGCCAUCUAGUGGAGGGAGACGUCCCUGGAGGAUGUCAUUCGUGUUUACUCACUGAAGGGCUUUGGAGGGGGCAUUGAGGGGUGAGGGGGUACAGAAAGGCACUUUGACCCAUUUGCUUUCCACUUGUUCAAAGGAAAAGGGCGAGGCCUGAUUUAUUUUGAGUUCCCAGAUUGCAUAGCUUCUCACAUCUCUUAGCCAAGUGGUGCUAUCAGUUUUUCUUACCACCUUUUGGGGAAAUGUUAUCCUGCGUUUUUAGUUCAGGUUGAGGUUUUUCUUCUUUAGUGGGAUGUUCAUAUCCGCCUCCUGAGCAAGUCUGAUAGUCCAGGCAAAAUUUUGUCAGUGUUGGCAGCUGAACCUAGUUUUUCUGAGGUCUGUAUCCUGCCUGCAAGGAUACAGACUCUGUCUCCCUUCCUCCCCCACUCUCUUUCCCAUUUAACAAAUAUUUAUUGAACGCCUGCUAUAGGCCUGGCACUGAGAAUACAGUGGUAUUCUUGUUCUCCCGGAGCUUGUGAUUUAGCACUGGAAGCACACAUGAAGCCAUUAAUUACCGUGUUCUAAGUUACGUUUGUGGUGAGUGCUGUGAGAGGAUGUUCUUGUUCCCCGCUCAUUCUGCCCCGUUGCGCGGGUGCUGGAUCUUGCCCUUCCUAGUGGGGAUCACCCAGGCUCCUCGUUUAUUUUACUUUAUUUGUAGCCCCCUUUGUAGCAUUCUACCCUCAUCUGUAAAGCUUCCCCAUUUCAUUCCUUGUACUGUAACAACUGUCCACAUAUCUAUUAGGAAAUUAAUAUUUUGUUAUUGACCAACUAAAUAAACAUGAGACUAUUUUUAAGAACAUUCAAUUCUAUAUACAGAUGUAAUUAAAUGAAUCUGAAGGAUGAACUAGUAUUAAUACUGUAUAUUUGAUGGCACUUUACAGUACAUAAAAUGCUUUUCCCUGUAUUCUUACUUGAUUAAUUCCACACGUAUUUAUUAAGGCCCAACAGUGUGCCAGGAACUCUUCUAGGUGCUUGAGAUAUAUCAGUGAAUAAAAUAGGGGGAAAAUUCCUGA